GCACCUCCAACUCUGUGCCCCUUGAUGGAAUUCAUUCUGAGCUGAAUAAUUUCUUAGCCACGUCGUAUCCUUUGUGGAAUAAGCAGCGGUCAAUACCUAAGGCGAGGUGCGAUCCGUCUUUCUGGAGCCCUGAAGAAUGGAUCAGCCUCCCAACGGUUGCCCUGAGGUUUCAAAAUCAAAGAUGGGAAAAUCGGAGAAAAUUGUCCUUCCCCACGGCCAGCUUGUUCACGGCAUACACUUGUAUGAACAACCAAAGAUAAACAGACAGAAAAGCAAAUAUAACUUGCCACUAACCAAGAUCACCUCUGCAAAAAGAAAUGAAAAUAACUUUUGGCAGAAUUCUUCCAUUUCAUCUGAUACAAAUCCGAAGCCAGAAAAAAAGCCUUUUAAAAAUACCGAGAACAUUAAAAAUAUGCAUUUGAAGAAAGCACUCCUAAAUGAAGUGAGCCAAAAGGAAAAUUAUGCUGGAGCAAAGUUUAGUGACCCACCUUCACCUAGCGUGCUCCCAAAACCUCCAAGCCACUGGAUGGGAAGCACUGGUGAAAAUUCCAACCAAAAUAGGGAGCUGAUGGCAGUACACUUGAAAACUCUCUUAAAAGUUCAAACUUAAGAGUUCAGAUUUAAGUCUGUAUUUAAAGCAUUUUUUCACAAACCUCUGAUCUGGACAGUUUCAAAGAAAAUCAGUACCAAAAUGGGAAUUUACCUUGAUGCCAUAUACAAGUGAAAAAGAUGAGUUUAAAAAUUGCAUACAGCUUGUAUUAUAUUUUAUACUUUGUAAAUAUUGUAUACCAUGUAUUAUGUGUAUAUUGUUCAUACUUGAGAGGUACAUUAUAGUUUUGUUAUGAAAGUAUGUAUUUUGCCCUGCCCUAAUGGGUAGAUGUUUUGUAUAUAUAAAUGGAAAAAUUUUAAGUGUGUGCUAAGGCACAUGGAAGACCAAUUUAUUUGCACAAGGUACUGAAAUUUUUUUCAAGAAACAGCUGUCUAAUUUCAAGGUGAAGAUCUAAAUGUGAACAACUUACUAAUGCACUACUGAAAUUUUCAAUCUAUGGCACAGUCAUUGUGAACAUAGAACCCUAUGUUUCUCUAAAUUGAUUUCUGCCUUCUAAUCUGUAAUUACUGAAAAACUCCUGUUCCCAUUUUUACCAAACUUGAUUUGUUUUUGUUAUAUGCAUUAUUCAAAUUUAAAGUAUCUUUAAUUUGAAUGCCAACAAAAUUGGUUGUAAUCAAAUUUUAAAAUAAUAAUAAUUUGGCCCCCCCUUUUAA